AUGUACGGCUCCAAUUGUGCCACUGUGCGAGCCAUGGACACAGUUACAGAUUUCUUGCUGAAACAGACUUGUGAAGAUGUACAAAUUACUGAAUUUAUGCUGCUAGGCUCAUCCAAGCGUGGAUGGAUUGCUUGGCUGACUGCAGCCAUUGACAAGCGUGUGGUGUCAUUUGUCUCAGUCGUUAUGGACGUCCUGAAUUUUGUUGAGAAUUUACAUCACCAGUACAGAUCAUAUUGUGGCUGGAGUUUUGCACUGGCACCUUUCUACUACAUCAAUAUUACUCAACAGAUUGAUCAUCCCCGUUUUGAACUUAUUGCUUCGAAUAUCGACCCUUUGAAAUAUAAUGAGCAUUAUGUCAACAAAGCAAAGUAUCUAAUUGUGGCAUCAGGAGAUGAAAUGGGCCAGCCUGACAAUUCUUAUUAUUAUUUUAAUCAGCUAACAGGAAAGAAAUAUCUCCGGAUCAUCCCAAAUAUGAACCAUGCCUUAGCUUUCUAUGGAGACAGUAUUGGAAUUCCAAUCGCCACUUUUUACCUUAUCACCAUGCAGAAUCAACAGCAUCCCCAGGUCCAUUGGAACAGGACUGUGAAAAAUACUGGAGGAGCUAUUUACUUUUCCACAGACCAGGAGCCUUCAUUGAUCUAUGCUUACUAUGCUAACACUAAUGAUGAAACAAGGAGAGAUUUCCGGAUGCAUGUGUUAUCUGGACAAGAAGCUAAAAGGAAUCCUAUUAAAUGGAAUCGUGCUAAAGUGAAGAAAGUGAGCACAAAUGUUUAUAAGAAAGAAAUGAAAAACCCAGACAAAGGAUGGACAGGAUUCUUCAUUGAGGCUACAUAUGCCGGCUUUGGGGAUUCAAGUGAAAAAUUAAUAAUAACAUCCGAGCUUCACAUAAUCCCAGAAACCUUUCCAUGUGAGGACUGUGUUGGAGAAGGGUGCUAUAGCAAACUGGUCUAAGAACAUUCAACUAAAAUGGAAGAUGCCUUUGAAUGAUCAAUAAGAUGACACAGAAAAGCAGUGGCCGUCCAAUUCUGGAAUAACCUAGAAGAGGGAAUGGGCAGUGUGCCCUUUCAGAUACUGCUGGGUCUACUGGAAGCUGUAGUUCAGCAAUCCCUACAACAUGACUUCCCCAUCUUUAGUAUAGGUAGUCUGACUCACAUUUUGCAAUAAAUAAAGCAAGCUAUUUUCAAGGAAUCAUCUGUGAAUCAUAGUGGUAACGAACACUAAUGACUAGAUAUAGUUGCCUUCAAAUGAUUUUUUUUGUUAUGGCUUCUCCACAAUUUUCCAUUCUUUUACUUAAUAAAAUCUUAAUCUGCAUCACAUCUGGCUAAUUGGAAUUAAUGUAUGUUUAAUAUAUGUUUGGGAUUACAAAGGGAUUGAGGUUCAGUACAAUGUUUGGCAAUCUGGAAGAAAAAAGAUUGCAUUGAUCUCUAUCUCUGUGUGAAGAAUUUUUGAGGACAGGGCAGAAUUGAGACAUUCGUUACCUUUGUUAUAUAUUACAGAGAAACUGUGAUAAACUUAUCACACUUUAUAUACAGAGGAAAUGUGUAGCAUUAAUUCUUAAACCACAUCUAAGUGCAGUUGAAGAAAAAGAGAUUUAGGAAUAUUCCCAGCCAUCUUCAGAAUGCAUUUGCAUUUAUCAACAGCUUCUCCUAAAACUGUGGUCCAGUAUGUUGGUGCCACUAGUUAGUAAAUGCCAUCCAUUUAGUAGUUAGUAGUGGCACCAACAUAUUGCACUUGUGAACAAUUAAAGGAGAUGACAGAUGUUUCUAGUCUCUAGAUGACAGAAAUCUAUCAUAAUUUUUAUUAUUCUCUGUAGACUCCUUAGAGGAAAGCUGGCAGAUGCAAGAAUCUCAAAUACGUAAUAUAAAAGCGAGUUAUAGCACUUUUAUCUUUACAAGGAGCUAUAAUAUAUCCCCAAACUUCUUGGGGGGGGGGGAAGAGAAGGAAGAUAGCCUGAACACUUUACAGAGACAUAAUAGCAUGAAGUCUCACAUGUUUCCUGGACACCAUCCCAAUUUUAAUUCUUCCCUUGCAAGUUAUUUAUAAUAAACUGUCAGGUUCUCCUUUGUUCCUUUUGAGUUUCCAUUGGGCCAGUUGAUAAGAAGCUUUGCAGCUGCAAUCAUACAUUCACACAAUUUGCUCAAUGUAGAGUUAUUUAGAAGUUUAUUAUUGCAGAUUAAACUUCAGCUCUGGAUCUGUCACAAGGGAGCCCCCUUGUGAUCAAAUAUAGUCAUCAGUGAAGGACUUGUCCUUGUGAAUGAAUCCAUCUGAGUUUUGGUGAAGGAUGAAAAAUCACUUCUGAAACCACACAUUAUUUUAUUUUAUUUUUAUUUAUUUAUUUUGCUUUGGUGGGUAAUCUGUGCUCUCAUUCAAAGGGAUUCACAUCCUCUCUUCUCACUUCCUGUGUUUCCAGUAGGUUAGGCUAUUAAAUAAACAAAACUGCUGCCAUGCCAGCAUUAAGAGUUUAGAAGGCAGUGGAUGCUUGCCACCAUAAUGAGCACAGAUAUAGAGAGCAAGUUAUUAACUUUUUAUGGAGAUGAGGAAAGAUAUGCUUUCCAGUUCAUGGAGAAUGGAUAAGACUGGUUGGCAUAGAUACCUCACUUUCUAUGCUCAACUAAUUGGCCAUAAAGGCUUAUUAUGCUGGCAGUUUUCUUGAGCUUCUCUAAAUAUACUCAUCCUUAGAACACAUUGUUGCCACAAUAGAGCUGAAGUGGUAAGAGCAGCCAAAAUUAAUGUUGGGCAAGCUUUAAAAGAAAUUCAGAAGGGUUGGAAAACCAAAAUUCUUGUCAUCUAAAGAUAGCCAUGGAGAAUCAAAGUACAUAGAUUUUUUUUUAACUAGGGAGUUUUCAAUGGAAGAUUACUUUGGGAAAUGGAGCCAUGCAAAUUUCAUGUACAAGCAUCAUCUCUCUAUAGAUACCCAUCAUUCUCCCCAUAAUUGUUCAGGAAGCACUCUAAACUUUACUUUUUUUUAAAAAAUUACCAAUUUAAAAUUAAGUUUUGACUGGGAAAUACUGGUCCCAACACAUCUUGAAGGAAUCAAACAGGUGAAAAACCAAUGCAAGCCAUUAUUCUUCCUCUGUCUAUCCCAGAUCUCUCUUCAUGCGAUUGUCCUAAACAACAUCCAAAUGAAGCUCUUAAAAGAAAUGCUGGAUUAUUGAAACAUUAUUAAUGGAAUUGUACAUUAAUACAAUUAAUGUAUUAAUGUACAAUUCCUGAUUUUCUCCACUGCGCCUUCCGUCAUUCCCUACCUCGCAUAAAACUUCAAUUAAGGAGAAAAAAGCAUAUUAAUUACACAUCUUUGGAUUGGAAGUGCUAGAUGUACCUUUAAUUAAAGUCCCUGCAUAAUUUUUGGUACUGUUCAGUAUGAUUGAUAAACCAUCAAACAAACACACAGGGCUGACUCAUAUGAUGAACAGUUAAGGGAACCAGUUAUCCCUAGGCAUGUCUAGCCUAAUAAAGAGAAGGAUUAGGGAUGACAUGUCUUCCAGUAUUUGAGGGAUAGUCACAGAGAUGAAGGGAUAGACUUAUUCUGCAUAUCAUCUAAGAGCAGGACAAGAAGCAGUAGGUGGAAGUUCAUUAAAGAGAGAUCAAACCUGGGACUAAGGAGAAAUUUCCUUACAUUGGGAACACUUAAUCAGUGGAAUAGAUUGCCUCCUGGAGCUGAAGGUGCUCCAUCGCUGCAGGUUUUCAAGAAAAGACUGGGCAUCCAUUAGUAUUGAAUGGUAUAAAAAUUCCUAUUUUGGGCAGGGGGUUGGACCUGGUAGACCUUCCAGCCCUGAUUCUAUGAUCUGAAGGAAAUGGAGUUUUUCAUAUACAGAAGCAGCUUUGCAUGUAGGUAUCAAGUGAGGUACUGUACAGUAUGAAUCAACACAACACUCCCCCUGUCCCAACUGUCAACUUACACUUUCUAGACAUGAUUUCUUUGUGAAGACUAAAGGCCAUUUCACACAAAAAUUGAAUUCCAGAUAGGCAAGUCUGAAUUGUACAGUUCUCAUUCUAAACAGGAUCUGGAAUAGUAGUGACAAUUCAAAAAUCACACUUUGCUGCCAUCUUCAGGUAAUGAACCAGGCGUGAGUUUCAAAAAGUAAAUUUGAGGAAAUACACACAAUACACACAAGCACUCAUUUCCUGAGUGUCUUUAAUAAACAAAGGUCCAUAACUUGAAUCAGGUAGCUACAAAACUGAUUUCAAGUUCAAGUUCUGACUGGUAGUGACAGUAAAAGGAAGCUAAUCACCAUCAGGCAUCAAUCAUUUCUUUUCCAUUUUGCCAGUGGAAAUAAUAAAGUGAAUGUACUUGCCUGCUUGCAAGUGAAAUGAGAAAUAAUGCUGUAGUGAUUCACACACUCUUGUAUGCAUAGGCAAUGAAUCAGAGGUUUGGGUUUUGGUAAAAAAAAAAAAAAUCACUUCCAAAACCAUACAAUAUAUCUGUUUUGGUGGGUCUGCUUAGCGAUACUAAACACAGUGAGUGUCUCAGAUUUCAUUCCUGGCCAUCUCCUGCACUGAAACCAUGGACUGGUUUCUGCCAGAACAUGUUGAGUUUUGGACAAGGUAGACUAAUAAUAUGUCUUUCUUUCUUUCUUUCUUUCUUUCUUUCUUUCUCUUUCUUUCUUUCUUUCUUUUUCUUUCUUUCUUUUCUCUUUAUUUUUCUUUCUUUUCUUCUUUUCCUUUCUCUCUCUCUCUCUCUCUCUCUCUCCCCUUUUCCUUUCCUUUCUCAAACAUUUCUUUACAUAUUGUAAGCAAACUAGGAAACAAAGUUGGCUCAUUAACAACCCCCCCCCCUAAAUGAUCUGGGAAACUGGAGGGGAUGGAGGAUGUAGCUCUAACUCUGAAGAGUCAUCCCUCAACACCCCCUCCUCCCUGUAAGUAAAUUAAUAUUUGUAUUUAACUUGGCAUGCCAAGUGAUAUGGCAUUGGCUACUCCACUUUCUAGGUAGUUUACAAUACUGCAAUGCUUCACAAUUUAUUCUUUAGAAUCCAACCAUGUGUUCACUAGAUGUGCUGGACUACAACACCCAGCAUUCCAGACAGCCUUGCUGAUUCCCUUCAGCUGCUCUAAAUGGUCAUCUCAUUUCAGCAUCUAUUUUGAAAGGCAUCCAGGAUGGAGUAAAUUUAAGAUUACGUCGUGUCUGCAUGCAAAAGCAUAAUCAACAGCCACUCAGCUGCAAUGUUUUGGAAGGCAAAUCUUCCCUUUGGCUGCCUGCUCUCCCUGGUGCCCCACCUGAAAGUCCAUGUCUUCUGCCUUAGGCUGGUGAAAUCUGCUUUCUUCACAACCCCAAGAGGUCAGCAAGUAAAAUAUUGAAUGUGGAAACAGGAUGUGCCAACUCAAAGAUUUUCCAUACAAACAUCCAUUCCCAACUACCUUUCCACUCACCCCCACUUUCUUAAUUUCAGCAUCUUAAUUUAGUGGGCUGUUGUGAGAUGCUUGGGAGUCAGAAACUCUUGCUGAUUUAUUUCCAAUUACCCAAAGAUGGUCUAGCAUAUUAUCCUGUUUGCCUGCUCCAAGGAUAAGCACUACCCUUGUUAGCUCUAAAGGAACCUGGUUAUUUUCUUUUCUUGUCUGAGUGGGAAACUUCCUGCCUCCAUCUUGCAACUCUGCAUUUUAUUUAAAUUACAUACAGUAGCACUGAAAUGUUGUAAGCAACAAUUAUCUUAGUUCUUAUAUGCAAGAUGGCAAGUAAUAUAUAAAUCCCAUUAGCAGACAAGUCUGCACAGGCUGAAAAGCUCAUCAUUUCUGCAUCAGUGGAUAUACCAUAUUUUUAAUCUCACAUAAUUAUUUAAAUAGACAUCUCUCAGUAUAAGGUGCAAAUCAGGAAGACUUACAUCCAAUAAUGGACUCCAAAUCAUCCUGCCAACAUCCUCCAAAGCCAUUAAGAUUUGCUUAGACCCACCUCAAUAUAUAUAUUUUUUCCCAACAGGCAACCCUAGGAUUAGCUGGCAAUAACCUCAUGCAAAAACAUCGUUGCUGGGAUUCCAAAUUAAUUCAAUCUCAUUAUCCCUGUUUACCCAGCUAGAAGAAGACCUUCUCCAUCAUGUUACUUCAUACAAUUUUGAUUUUGCAAAUUCAAAGAGGCUGCCCACAUUAUCUGGCCUCUAAUCAGAAAGAGCCAGAUUCUUUUUUUUUUCCUUUUUUUUUGGUGCAAAACAAUCCUCAGAACACAGAAUGUGCUUAAUUGUCGGCAGAAGAACACGAGCAGAACAAGAUAAAAUGUAAGCCAGAUGUGAGUUCAAUGUUUAUUUGCUGCAGGUGCUCUGUGCUAAAUCACAAAGUUGUGGGAAAUAAAAGUUCCAAACCAGCCCUAAAAGAUUCAAAACAAAAUUAUAAUCCAACUGUUUGACCUGUAAUAUCUUUCACUCUCCCCAUUUUCCCCUUGUGCUACAGCAAUAUGCAGGAAUCCUGUCGUGUUUCAUAAAAACAAUCUUUAAAACAAAUACAAAAUAAUCUCAAGGGGUAAGAAAUCUGUACAGAGAGUAUCUACAUCUCAGAUAAAUAGACUGAUACACAGAUGGGUUUGGAAGCUUGGAGAACUGGGUGAGGAAUCAAGAGUUCCCCAAAAUUUUGCAAGGGAAGGCAGCCUUCUUUGUGGCUCUCCUCCCCACUCCCACAAACCUAAUUUCAAAUAUUAGCCAGCAAACCCACCCACCCCCAAAUCCCUAAUCUCUUACUUGUGCUUCACUCAGAGUCAAGGACUACUACUUCCACUGUUCCAAGGCAACCUCAGUUGAACUAAUCCGGCCCCAUCCCUGCCAAAAAAGAACUGCAACAGGACUGAUCAGAAAGACACCCAUCAGGAUGUGUGCUUUACCCUUCCUUAUUAUUGGAAGUUUUUUUCUUCUUCUUCCUUAAACUCUGCUAUUCUGGGCCAUUAUUCCAAUGCUAAAUAAAAAAA